AAUGGCAGAGAGCUCAGCUGCGACUGCAGCAGCAGCAGGGACCAUGGCACCAACCAUGCUAGAUGAGCUUCUGGAGAUCACCGCUCAGAGUCUGGUGCGCACCGAGGUGGCUGAGCACUAUGAGGUUAUUCGGGAGCUGGGCAGGGGCAAGUAUGGCCACGUGAUGCUAGUGACCCACAGGCAGAGAGGGACUCCUAUGGCUCUUAAGCUGCUACCCAAAGCCAGUACCAAGCUGCACACCUUCCUGUACGAGUAUUGUGUGGCGCUCUCCCUCGCCACCCACCCUGCCAUCAUCAGCAUGUUUGGAAUUGCCAUUGAGUCCAGCCAGUACUAUGGCUUUCUCUAUGAACCAGCACUGCACAAAGACCUCAUCUCUAUCAUCAAACCCCGCGAUGGGAUCCCUGAGCCAGCUGCAAAGCAGUGUGCCAAGCAGCUCGUGAGCGCACUGGAGUUCAUCCACAGCCGAGGGCUUGUGUACCGUGACAUCAAGCCUGAAAACGUGCUGCUUUUUGAUCCCGACUGCCGGCUCAUCAAACUGACUGACUUCGGGCUCACGCGGCCCAAGGGUACCAAGCUGAAGCUGGUGGCUGGGGUAAUCCCCUACACUGCCCCCGAGCUGAGCAACACUGCUGAUGCCCAAGGGGUGCCCAUUGACACCAGCAUGGAUGCCUGGGCCUUUGGUGUGCUGCUUUUCUGCCUGCUGACCGGCUACUUCCCCUGGGAGCAGAGUCUGCCAGAUGACCCUUUCUUUGAGGACUUCAUGCUGUGGCAGGAGACAGGCCUAGAGAAGGACCUGCCCCGCCACUGGAAGCGCCUGACAGCCGAGGCUGCCCUGAUGCUGCGGAGCCUGCUGGCACUAGAUCCUGCCAAACGUGGCCCUGUCAGUGGGGUGCUGAGCUACGUUGACUGUCCUUGGAGGCUGGAGGAUGGGCACAGCAAGGAGGCUUCUGUGAAGUCCUAG